ACCACGAAGUUCAUAUUUUUAUCAUGUAUAAAACAUCAAUGUGAAUUCCUUGCAGGCGUUGGUAUAGAAGUCUUUGCCAGUUUACACUCUCAAAAAAGUGUCUUCAGUUCCUGUUUGACCUAAAACCUCCUUUUUCCCACUUCAAGUAAAAAGUUGCUGCAACCAUCUGGUCUACAGUGGCAGCUAGCAUGCUCUCUCCAAGAUGACCUGUCUCAGAGUCUAUCUGCGGAAGCCCCCUGCCAGUUUACCUGAGACAUCAUCCUUCCUCCUUAGGACCCAUGGUCAGCUGAAGCUGUCAAUCAUCCAGGAGCAAGAAGUUCUUGUUGUUAGCGUUUUGGAGGCUAGGGCCAUGGUGGAAGAGUGCCAUGGGCCAUGUGAUUCUUAUGUUAAGAUUGGCAUGUUUCCAGACAGUGAUCCAAGCGACAGACAGAAGACUCAGAUGGUUCCUCACUGUAGGAACCCCAUCUUCUUACAAACCUUCUACUUUGUUAUCAGUGAGGGGGACCUUCAUAAGAGACUGCUCUUCACAAUGUGGAACUCUGACUCCACAACAAGGAUGAGUGAGCUGCUGGGUUGCAUGAGCUUUGGUGUGCGCUCCCUUAUGGACAAGGAGGUUCAAGGAUGGUACUACCUACUUGAGGAAGAGCUGGGGAGGAAAAAGCAUCUUAAAGUGCCCACACAACUCAACCACCCCUCCACUGAGGCUGUGCUGUCAAACCAUGGUGCUGCCACCGAGACCAAUCGCCCUGAGAAUAUGCAAUGCUUAACAGUGACCAUCCUCCGAGGAAAGGAUGGAUUUGGCUUCACAAUCUGCUCGGAUUCCCCUGUGAGGGUGCAGGCUGUUGAUCCAGGGGGUCCAGCGGAUCAGGCAGGUCUGCAGCAGUUGGACACUCUCCUGCAGCUAAAUGGUCAGCCAGUGGAGCAGUGGAAAUGUGUGGACUUAGCCCAUGCUAUCAGAAACAGCGCCAAUGAAAUCAUACUGGUGGUGUGGCGCACAGGCCCUUCAGCUAAGCCUAAUUUUGAGGGCCUCAUCCAUCGGCCCUCCUACAAGCCGUCCACCUCAAACUAUGAUGCCCCCUCACCCCCCACUCGCAGGCGUGCACCAGAUGUUGGAACUAGCAAAACCCCUCCAGCUGUGCCGCCUCUCCCAGCCCACCACCGUGCCAGCGCCACCCGCAGGCUGCUGGUCAACGGCUCCGAAGCUGGAAAUAGCAGUGGCAUAGGUGCAGGUACCCUGGGCUGGGGGGCCCAGGGAGGGUCAGCCGAGGAGCUGGAUGGGAAACCGCGACACCUCCAUCACCCUCACACUGCCACACUGAAAGGGACCAGGGUGAAGGCAUCCAAUGGGGACAACUACAUCAUCCUGGCCCCCAUCAACCCUGGAAGCCAGAUCUUGAGGCCUGUUUACCAAGACAACCAGGGAACAUUAGCUGCCAGGUUAUACCCCACACGACAGGCCUCUGGUUCACAGCUCCAGGGUGGUGGUGGGGGUGCUUUUUCUGGAGGUAUGAGUAGUGGAGGUGGUGGUGGUGGUGGAGGAGGUGGUGGGGGUCUCUCCAGCCGUACUGGCUUCCUGCGCCGGUCUAACAACUCCAAGACAACAAAGACGGCAUCCACCUCCACUAACAUUGGUGUACCCAACUACCAACAGCAGAAUUCCAACUUUGCUAAUUACCAGAACUGUACCAUUGUCCGCUCACACACUCCACAUGGCAACUACGGAUAUGUCAAAGUGGCACCCAAGAUCCUUAUCUUCCCCAUCUUUGUUCAGCCUCUCGACCUGUGCAGCCGAGCUCUCAUCCUAUCCGAGGAGAUGAUCCUGCAUGAGAGCAAGCACCACUCUCUCAAGGUUACAGUGUUUGUCUACAGUGACCUGAUGCUGGUGACAAGAGAAGAUGAGCCAGGCAGGUGUAAUGUCCUUCAGAGUCCCCUGUUCCUUCGACAGCUGAGGCUCCAGGAUGAUUAUGCUGAAGAACUGAGAUUCUACCUUAUUCACAUGACGGAGAAGUGUGACUGCCUGCUUAGCCUGGAAGCCUAUUCAGCCGACCAGAAGCGCCGCGUGUGUCAGUGCCUGAAGGACAACAUUGACAAGCAGCUCCAGCUUCACAGGAGGGAGCCUUCAUUUCCGCAUUUUGAGCAGAUGUUGGAGCCUAAGUUAGAUGACCCUUCCUGUGAGCUGGGCGGAGUAGGAGGUGAUGUGUGCCUCCAUCUGCCCACCCGCAGCUCAGAAGGUGAGGAAAGCAGCCUGUAUCCAUCCAGUCCUUCAGAGCCCCCAACCCUGGGCAGUCCUCACCCCUCAGAUCCUCUCACCCCUUUGGAUGAGAUCUACAUGCCUCUCGGGGGUCUGGUGGGAUCUGAGGAGCGACAUAAGGUGCCUCCCACACCACCUCCUUCCACCGAGGGCGAGGAUUGGAGGAGCAUGGAGGGGAACGAGAUGGAGCUCUGGAGAGAGGCGAAUACUUUGGAGAGCAGGAGAGAGGAAGAGGAGGAUGAUGGGGCCAGCAGAAAGAGUGCAGGAAGUGAGGGGGAAGAGAAAGAAGAAGAAGGAAGAGAGGAGGAGGGAGAGAGGAAUGAAGAGGAGGUCAACCUAAACCUGGUGGUGUCAAACACAGAUGAGGACAACGCCUCGGAGCCACUAGACACCAACGCUCCCCCGUCCUCCUCCUCAUCCUCAUUCGUCAUCCCUGAACUACGCCUUGAUCGCUCCUUCAGCGCCGAUGCCCUCUCCUCGCCCAACACUGACGAAGAAGAGUACGAUGAAGACGAAGACGAGGAGUCCGAUGAGGAGGAGGAUGAAGACGACAGUGACGAUGCCUACCUGCAGCGUAGUGACAGCAAGCGCCGCAGCAUGGUGGAGGGGGCCACCUGUGAGAAGCAUGGAGGAGGGGGGCUCAGUGUGCAGAAUUCCCUCCGCAGGCGCACCCACAGUGAAGGGAGCCUCCUGCAAGACCCCCGCACGCCUUGUUUCACCUCCGACAACGCCAUCAACUGCCUGGAGGCGGGGGGAGCGCACCACAAGGGCGGCUGGACACUCCCAUCACCUAAAACCCUGAAGAAAGAGCUGACCAAGAACGGAGGCUCCAUGCAUCAGCUGUGUAUGCUGUUCUCUGGGAGGAAGCUGAGCUCCGGAUCCCCCUGUAGCUGUGAGGUCAGCCCCGAAGGAACAAAGAAGAAGAAAUCCAAGAACCUGGCCAAAGACAUGAAGAAUCGGCUGGCUUUCCUGCGGAGGAGGAAUGAAUCCCCAGGAAGCAACCCAGCCAGCAAGUUAGACAAAUCUAUGAAGUCAGUCAAGCCCACCCCAGAGGAAGCACUGAAAUGGGGGGACUCACUUGACAAGCUGCUGACACACAAAUAUGGUCUGGCAGCGUUCAGAGCUUUCCUGCGCACAGAGUUCAGUGAGGAGAAUCUGGAAUUCUGGCUAGCAUGUGAGGAAUACAAGAAGAUCAAGUCGCAGUCCAAGAUGGCCUCAAAAGCCAAGAAAAUCUUUGCAGAAUACAUCGCGAUCCAGUCUUGUAAAGAAGUAAAUCUGGAUUCGUACACCAGAGAUCACACUAAGGACAACCUGCAGAAUGUGACACGCUCCUGCUUUGAACUAGCGCAGAGGCGGAUAUACGGGCUGAUGGAGAAGGACUCAUACCCCCGCUUCCUGCGCUCAGAACUCUACGUGGACUUAAUCAACCAAAAAAAGGCCAGCUCCACUCCGACGUCAUCUUCGUCAUAAGAGACCAGAAAAAGAUCAAAGGAGAAGAUGAUGAGAGAGAAAAAACGGGGUCAGACUUGAAAAAAAUAGUGGGUGGGUGGGAUGUGAGGGUCUUUGUUUGCCUUUUUUACAUUUUCUUUGUGUAUGUCAUCCUGUCCACUAUGAUUUUUGUUGUUGUUGUGGUGUGAGAGGACGUGGAAAAGCUAUGGCACUGCAAAGGAAUGUAGUUUACACAGUUACCAGGUGGAUGGAUGAAUGAAUAGACUGAUGAAUGGAUGGAUGGGUGUUCCUAAAAAUACAGAAGCCAACAUACGAGGGCUGGAGCAGGAGCUGGACGCUUGUCUGAUCACUGUCUCUCUUUUUUUUGUGGUGUCAUUCUUUUGGUUGUGUUUUUGUCCAGUUGUACUGGAGAAAAGGAGGGAUUGCUCAGAAAACCCUGCAGACAUGAAGACAGUCCGGCACUGUUUUGUCACUUUUUUCCUUAAUUUCCCUUUAAAACUCCCGCUUUAAAUUCCCUCCUUACCUCCGCCACAUUCUCUGUGAAGCCACUUCAAAGCUGUCGGUACGACACAAAGUCCUUCAUGUUUUUUUUUUUUAUCAGGCUCCAAACUGUAUGACGGAGGGGGAAAAAAAACAAAAUGUCUGAAUGAAAGCUAGCGUUAUCGCUCUGUUUCACGUGCAUCUCUGUAAAACACCUACACUCUCUCAAAGCUUCUAUAAACAGCUUUCACCUUAUUCAGUUCAUCCCAAGACUGCGGAAAGCGCUCAACAGGGACAACGACGGAGACAGCAACGGGCAAAGAACACAAACGUAUAAAUAACGGAUGGACUGGAGCUGUGAAGAAAUGAAGAAAUGUGUCAUUCUCACAUUAAAAGACAUUCAAAGUCACAUUCAAAGCCAGUAAUGGAAGAAAAAGACGACUUGCCUUCUGUCUCCAAAGACUGUUUACAACAAGGAAUGAAAACUGAAGAAGAAAAAGGAAAAAAAAGUUCUGUGCAGCCAAACGACAUUUCCUUUAACAUAGUAGCUCACUGGACUAAUCGAGGAAGCAUUCUCAGGACAUUGCCAUGACAGGUUCCAGCUUGGUUUAUUCUGUUUUUCUACACACACACACACACACACACUGUUUUUAUAUGUUUUAGGGUUCCAACCUGCACUCCCUAGUUCUACUGAGCAAUACACAAGAGGUUGCUCGUUUCAUAAGAUAUUGCUUCAUGUUGUACAAAAGUUUGCCUAUUUAUUUAGAUUAACUUGCUGGAUGCUUCUACAGACACCCUCACCUCCUCUAAAGCACUCCGCUUAAAGCUCUCACUUUCCUCUUAACCACCAAACAGGUCCAAUGCUGUCCUGAACUUUAAGUGCAAUAUUGUUUUUUUUAUUUUAUUAUUAUGUUUGGUUUGUUCAUUUAUUUGGAUCAUUUUGAACUUUUAUGGUGAAGACGAACGGCUUAAGCUCUGUAUUAACUUUAUUUGUUAAGAGAAAAAAAGCGUAGAGCUAUAAGGUUGAUUUACAACGUAAACUUUCAAGAACCAUAAGUAGUUUAAUGAACUUUAAGCAAAUGAUUCUAACUCUGUUAACCCCCGGCAGCAGGCAGCUGGGGGUCGUUAUGGUUGUAAAUAUAAUUCUUUUAGAAAACUAUGUGAUAACACAUUAAAAACAAACAAAAACAAAACAACCCAUAGGUCUCUGCUGGUGAAUGUGGGACCCAGCUGUAUCUAUGUAAAUAUGAGAGACUCAAAAGUAUAAGAUGACAUACAUUGUUUAAAAAAGUAGGUGAGCAAGAGCAGGUACAAUCUGCUCUUUCCCUGGUCAUACACUGCUUGUAAGGAGUUAUGAAAUGCAUUUUAUCAUUUUCACUGUUUACAAUUCAAAAUGCAUCUCCUAUGAUAGCAAGUGAAAACAGUAGAGUACAUUUGGUGUCAUUGCUAAUGAUAAAUAAACCAACCAACUGAUG